AUGAUUACAGAAGCUUGGGGUAGAUGUUCUUCGGGAUUACUGCUUCCCGCGGUGAUCUUGAGCGUUUGUUUGUUGCCCGGCUUGUGUCAAAAGAAGUGCGAACCAGUUUCAAUCCCUCUCUGCACAGGUCUACAGUACAACGAAACAAUAUUCCCAAACAUGCUAAGGCACAGAACCCAGGAGGAAGCUGCCCUUGAAGUUCAUCAGUUUUUCCCACUUGUGAAAGUGGGAUGUUCCAAGUACUUAGCGUUUUUCUUGUGUUCGGUAUACGCUCCGAUUUGUACGAUUAUGGAAACGCCAGUACCCCCUUGUCGUGGGCUUUGUGAGAGCGCCCGCGACGGCUGUGAAGGUCUUAUGGAACGCUUCGGCUUCACGUGGCCAGAGUCCCUUAGCUGCGAAAAGUAUCCCAAAAUGACAGAGACAUCUAUGUGCGUUGGCGAGAAUACAACGGGCCGAGGUGAUGGCGGAGGGCUUCUGCCUACUAAAGAGACAACACCGCCGGAAAAUGAGUCGGUGACGACUGAACCAUACACAUUCGACGUUAGUGCGGUGAAGUUUCAAUGUCCCGGCAAUCAAAAAAUCGAGACUGAUCAUUACAAGUUCUUUGGAGCGAAAAAAUGUGGAGCUAUGUGCGAAAACAUUUAUUUCGACGAGAGGGAACGAAAAAUUGCCCGCCUUUGGACUGGAUUAUGGGCGAUCUUUUGCUGCAUUUCAACACUGUUUACAGUUUUAACAUUUCUUAUCGACAUGAGGAGAUUUCGAUACCCGGAGAGACCUAUCAUUUUUCUGUCAGGGUGUUACUUCAUGGUUUCUGUUGCUUUUGUCAUCGGCUUUGCCGCUGGCGACAGUCUCUCGUGUACAAAAUCAUCAACAGGCUCUAAAGUCAUUGUCCAAGGAACUAAACACGAAGGAUGUACUGUGGUUUUUAUGCUGCUUUAUUUCUUUAGCAUGGCUUCGUCAAUUUGGUGGGUAAUUUUAACACUCACUUGGUUCCUAGCAGCAGGACUAAAGUGGGGCCAUGAAGCGAUCGAGGCAAACGCACAAUUCUUUCAUCUCGCAGCCUGGGCGAUUCCUGCGGUUAAAACAAUCGCGAUCUUAUUGAUGACAAAAGUUGAUGGAGACGAACUGAGCGGUGUUUGCUUUGUUGGGCUUUCAGAUCUGAACGCGCUUCGGGGUUAUGUUCUCGCUCCUCUGUUUGUAUACUUUUUCGUCGGCGCUACGUUCCUCAUAGCGGGAUUUGUGUCAUUAUUUCGAGUACGAUCGGUUUUAAAAGAUGAUUACUCUAAGAGGGAAAAAAUCGAGAAGUUAAUGAUUCGCAUCGGCGUGUUUUCCAUACUGUACACCGUACCAGCCGUUUCCGUGCUAGGAUGUUUAUUUUACGAGCAAUCAAAUCGUGAAGAAUGGCAAGAGUCUUGGAGAGUGGGUUGGGUUUAUCAGCAAAGGUGCAUUGAAAGUCACAGGCAAAACUGUCCUGAUUACCCAAUAGCUCAAGUCAAACCCGAUUUCACUGUAUUUAUGGUCAAAUACUUGAUGUUCUUAAUCGUGGGGAUUACAUCUGGAUUUUGGAUUUGGUCGAGCAAAACCAUAUAUGCAUGGCAGAAGUUUUAUUUCAGAGUGAAACAAAGAUUUUACGGCCCCAGAGGUAACAUUCGAGUAUGA